ACCAAGUAAAGGUUCCAUAAUGCUUCCUCCUUCCUCCAUUGUAUAUAAACAACACUUUCUUACUAUUUUUUCUCAAACUUAACUACCAAAUAUCCCUUUUGAAUCGAUUUGUGAAGUUUAUACUCUUGACUACAAUGGAUUCGAAAAAAGCCAUCCUCCUUUUUAGUAUAUUGGUCAUGGUUCUUCAUAUCUUCUCAAUGGUGUCCGCACGGAACUUAUCUGGGACAUCCACUAAUAUUAAAGAGGGUGAGGUAUUGAUGCUUAUUGGAGCCUCGAGGAAUAAAGUGUCGAAGGCACGGCUCCGAUUGCGCGAUUUUGGAUCAAAUAAGCAAGAUUUGUGCAGAGAGGUCCGCUUAGCGGCGUCUAAGCGCGCUUUUCAGUGGCGAACCAAUUUUCCUGGCCGCUAUGCAGCAGCUCUGGCCGCUAAGCAGAGCCCUGUUUACUGUUCUAGAUAUUUUUGUAAUACGUGUAGUCCGCUCAGCGAGGUUUGGCCGCUAAGCGGCCGUAGCAGAAAUUGUGUUUAUAUUUCUUCAUUUGUAACAUUUCUAGGGUAUGGUUUUGGAGAGUUUUUGGUUCCAACUCCAUUAUUUUCAUUCUUAGAGUAGGAUUGGCUUAGAAAACAACACCGGGUCAUGCACUUGGAAGAUCAGAGGUGGAUUUCUCAUCAACCGGAGCUGACAACCCGCAAGAUGUUUGGUUUAUCUCUUCUAUUCUUUGUGUAUUUCUUUGUGUUGGUUUUGUUAGUAUAUUUACUUGAAUCUUAUGUAUAUUUACCGAUUAUAAUGUUAUAUUUAACUUGCUUUACAAAUCCGUGUUGUUGUUAUCCUGGAUUUUUGCUCUAUGCUGGGGGUUUGGGUUGCUUUAGAGAUAAACUUCUAGAAUCCUUAUCUAGGAUGAUAAUCUGUUGGUUCUGAACUCUAGAGAUAGAUUUAGAGCUAGCAUUCACUGUGGGUAUCUGUACUUAAUGCUUUCAUGUUUGAGCGGCGCGCGAGAGAUCGCCGACGCGAGAAUACGGAUGUUCUCGCGACUUCGCGUUAGAGAUAACCUUAGUUGUGAGAUUAUCUCGUUUGUACUCCAGAGAUGGACGCUUAUGUGAGAGAUACGUGAUGACAUAUAUGAGUAUCGUAGGUUUAGUAUAACGGGUUGGUAAGUGUAUGUUUGUGAAGAGUGAAUAUAUUUACAUUCCUGAUAAGUUAUUUCUCUUCUAAGAAUGUGUUUAUUCUUUUCUUGUCCAUAUCUUUGUUUACCUUUCGUUCAUUCAAACCCAAGCUCUAAACUGUAGAAACUGUUGAAUGGCAUCUCUCCAUCUCUGAGGACGAUAAUUUCCGGAUCAAUAUUUCCAAAUCUUUUUUGUUGCUUGCCCUAUACUGCAUUCAACAAAAUGGCGCCGCUGCCGGGGAUGGUUGUGAAUUGCAUCGCAAUAGUUUUCGUGGUUUUGAGCUUUGUAUAUAUAUCGUAUAUAUUGUAUAGUUUCACUUGUAUAUAUAUUUACUUGUACAUGGUUACUUGUUUAUGUUCACCAUAUAGAUUUACUUGUAUAUGUUUGCAUACAAGUAUACUUUUGUUGGUGAAUGUUGGUGAAACACUUUGAGAUCGGACUAGUUCGUUAUUCAAAAUCUUCACUUUUCAACUUGUGAAUCCAACAUUCACCAGCUUUUCUAUUUUUUUAUGAUAAUAGUUGUUUGUGUUCCAUACUUGUGCAUAUGUGUUGGUUUGUGUACAUAAUUGUAUACUUGCGUUUUCUUUUAUGUUCGUAUAAUUGUUGUAUAUAUUUGUACCCGUAACGUUUGUUGAGUGGUUGGUUAGGACACUUUCUUUAGGCUUGUGCGGUGAGACGUCACCAUGGCAUGAUUGGAGGAAGCUACUUUCCAAACACCGAAACAAUAAAGGCGUCGAGCUAACGACGUAAAACAAGCGCUUGUUGGGAAGCACCCCAACGGUUGUAAAUGUUGUUUAUAAUUAGGAUUAAGAAGUAUUUAUGUGAAGUGGAGGAAAGUUGGAACAACUGUUUCUGUUUUGAUUUUUCAGGUUUUUCUGUCAUCCGCUAAGCGAGCCUAGCUCCGCUAAGCGAUGACAGUAAAAUUUUGUUUUCUUGCUUUGUACCAGUGGGAUUCCUAUUCCACUUGGUUCACUCCUUUUUCCCACUUUCA